AUGGGCAAUGAAACCAACUCAGAACUCCACGAGGACACAGCCGUGGGCCUGGACACGGAGCUUUCCUCGGAGCUCUUCGACGCCUCCGAGUUUGGCGAGACCUACAUCCGAAAGUCACUAAUCCUUACCCACGCACUAGACGAGAUAGGAUUUGGCCGUUACCAGGUGGGUUUGUUCUUUGUGGCUGGUUUCGGCUGGUUUGCGGAUAAUGCCUGGCCUUCAGCUACAUCCUAUAUUCUCCAGCGCUUGACGGAACAGGACCUGGUCCACUAUCCAGAAGGAAGAGCGCCGUACCUCACUUUGGCACAGAACUUGGGUCUUCUUGCUGGAGCACUAUUCUGGUCGCUUUCGGCGGAUAUCAUAGGUCGCCGCUGGGCGUUCAAUUGCACCUUUUUGUUCAUAGGCAUAUUCGGACUUUGUGCUGGAGCAGCGCCCAAUUUCGCUGGUAUAGGUUGCUUCUGUGCAUUGUGGAGUUUUGGCGUUGGCGGGAAUUUGCCAGUUGAUUCAGCUAUUUUUCUUGAAGCGCUUCCGACCAACAAAAAAUGGCUCUUGACUGUUAUGUCCAUUUGGUGGGCCUUGGGGCAGGUUGUCACUGCCUUGAUCUCGUGGGGGCUCAUUUCAAAUUAUAGUUGCGAUGAUACCGACAAUUGCUUAAGGGAGGACAAUUGGGGAUGGCGAUACUUUCUCUUUACAAAUGGUGGACUCAGCUUGGUGAUGUUCCUCGCAAGGUUCUUGAUGCCAGUAUACGAGAGCCCAUCGUUUUACUUGGCUCGUGGCAACGAUAAAAAGGCCGUGGAGACAAUUCACAAGAUUGCUAAAAUCAACAAAAAAACGGUCGAUUUAUCCAUAAACGAUCUCAUUGCAGUCGACGACAUCGUGGGCGAUAAACAACCCCGAGGUGCAUUCAGAGAGAACGAACUCUUGAAGUCCAAAAUCAGACGGUACAAUCUCUCGCACAUACGGCUGUGUUUUGGAUCCAAGCGUCUUGCAAUCUCCUCUACCCUUGUCAUCACAUCUUGGGCGCUCAUUGGCCUAGCUUUCCCGCUAUACAAUGCAUUUCUUCCGUCUUACCUUGAGCAAAGAGGCCUGGCAAAUGCCGAACUCAGCGUCGCUAAAACUUACCGAAACACGCUUAUUGUGGCCGUUAUGGGCGUUCCAGGAGCCAUUAUCGCUGGCCUUCUUGUGGAACUACGAACGGGCAGAAAAGGCGUGCUUUUUGUUUCACUCAUCCUCACAGGCAUAGUGCUUUUUGGAUCCACCACCGCCAAAACGCCAGACUCCAAUCUCGCCUGGAACUGCUUCUUCAAUUUUUUCUCCAACAUCAUGUACGGAACGUUAUAUGCUUACACGCCCGAGGUCUUUCCUACAAAAAUUAGAGGCACCUCUGUGGGACUAGCAGCUUCUGCUAAUAGAGUGCUAGGAGUUUUCGCACCCAUUAUCGCCAUAUUUGCUGACUUGACCACCUCGGCACCGAUUUUUGUAUCCGGGGCACUUUUCUUGAUUUCAGCUAUUUUGGUCAUAUUUUAUCCCUUUGAACCCCACGGCAAACUGAGUUUAUAG